UGUAAUAAGCCAAAAAGAGGGUGUUGCCUCUCACCUCCAUCAUUCAUUCGACCCAAGGCAUCCAAGAGGAGUAAAAGAGAUCUGCAACUCCAUUCUUUCACAGCUAAUUUCGAGCUCAAGUCCAAGGCAUCCAAAGAGGGAGUUUAAAGAAGGGAAAAAGGGAAGAAAAGGUGUGGGGAUUAAGGCACUUGUAAAGGGUGAUUUAAGAACUUUCACGAAGUUGAAAGAGUCGCCGGAGUUGUCACCGGAGUUCAUCAAAGUUCGCCGGAGUUCCAUCGGAGUUCAACCGGGAAGGGUAGAACUUCACAACGCUCAUUCGAGGUUGAAGCUCAAGUUGCUAUUCUCACCUUGCUCGGUGAAGUGAUCCAAAGGGAGACGUGAAAUGGAGGGUAGACGCAUGCAGACCAGAAACAAUCCGGGAGGGCAAGCACCGAUAGCUUCUGUUGAAGCUAGCCGGGCUGCAUCUCGAAGCUCUAGAGGUGGAAGAGGAGGUCGUGGAGGCCGUGGAGGUCGUGGGGGCCACCGAGCCCAAACAGUGAGUGAUGGCCACGUGAGUUCGGUGUACGAGACUAACACCGAGGACUACGACUCUACUUAUGUUCCCGAAACGGAGCAUGAGGAGACCCCAUAUGAUGGGGGCGAUUUCCACACCGAUGAUGAAAAUGAUGAUGAGAGUGAUGCCCGGUUUGCCCAAAUGGGGGAACUUCUAGCGUGGUAUCAAAAGGAGAAACAGAGGAGAGACAUGAGACGCCAAGCGAGGCGUGCUUCUCAAGGUGUUUCGGCCCAAGGAAGCCGGGGAGCUUCAAGGGCCACACCGGUGGUGCCACAAGGUGGGCAUGAAGGAGGUUUUGUGGUGAGAAUCUCCAAAUACCUCAAGGAGGCUAGGGCCUUGGGGUGUAGGUCCUUUGACGGCACCGGCGACAUUACCGUUGCCGCCGAUUGGAUCAAGAAGGUGAAGGAUGCAUCGAGAGACAUGCAAAUUUCACCGGACGUGAAGCUAACCAUCGCUUCACGGUUGCUUGAGGGGAUGGCUUCUACAUGGUGGGAAGGUGUGGAAGGGAAAUACCGCGGGGACAUCUCAUGGGAGAAUUUUGAGCGGGAAUUUUAUGCCCAAUACUACUCCGAUUUCGAGGUUAAUGUGAAAAGGAGGGAGUAUACCAACCUCAAGCCCAAGGAGGGUUGCACCGUUAAACAACUAGAGCAAGAGUUUAGAACCUUGGCUAGGUUCUUACCGGAGUAUGCGAUUGAUGAGGACCGCAUGACUGAGCACUUCUGGGAUGCUUUACUCUUAGACAUCCGAGAUCGUGCUACGUACUCACGCCUCAUGACUUUUAGUGAGGUGGUAGAACAAGGCAUGCUGGGGGAGGCCCAGUGGAAUGAAAGGAAAGCAAGAGAUGCCGAAGAGGCAAAGAAGAGGAAGUGGAAUAGUUCGGGGCCGCCCGAUCAUUCCCGAAGGAACAACCACGGUGGUGGUGGUGGUGGCUCAUUCAAGGCACCGGCUCCACCGGCAAAGAAGAAUAGGGACGCGAGGUGGCACGGACCUAGGCCACAAAACCCGGGGGCACCUAGAUGUCCCAAUUGCUCAAAACAGCACUUUGGGAAGUGCAAUGAACCACCGAGAUGUUUUAAAUGCGGGAAUGCGGGCCAUAUGAAGGCCAAUUGCCCUCAAUUGAUGCAAGAGAGCGCAUCGGGAGCCGGGGGAGGGGCCAUGACGGGAAGGAACCGUGCGGGACCGUCGCACGGUGGCACGGGAAGAGGCGGCGCGUCAACAAGCAAUGCCGCGUCCGUUAACCAAGGCGGGGCCCAAGCGAGGGUCUACGCGAUGACCGAGGCCGAUGCCCGGGCUAACCCCGACUCCGUUGCAGGAACCUUAAAGAUCAAUGGUAGAAACGCAAGAAUUCUCAUUGAUACCGGGGCACAACGUUCAUUCGUGAGUGAAGCGUUUGCCGAAAGUUUAGGCGUACCGUUGAUAGCAAUGACCCAACCCUUGUUGGUCUCUACACCGUUGGGAGACGAUGUGGAGAGGAAACACUAUUAUCCAUCGUGUGAGGUAGAAGUAACGGGUCAACCCUUGACUUGUGACUUUGUACCUCUAAGUAUGUUGGAAUUCGAUGCAAUCCUGGGGAUGGAUUGGCUCGAGAAGUAUCAUGCUCGGGUAGAUUGCUACGCCAAGGUGUUAGAGCUCGAAGAUGCUGAUGGAAACGCUCUACGUUUCGAGGGAGAUCGGGGAGGAUCUCAUAGCUGUAUCAUAUCCGUGAUGAGGGCACAGAAGAUGAUGAAGAAGGGAUGCCACGCAUACCUUGCUUACGUGGUGGACGAAACAAAGAAGGAGGCUGACAUCAAUGAUGUAUGUGUCGUGUGCAAGUAUCCGGAUGUCUUUCCCAAAGACUUGCCGGGACUUCCACCCGAUAGAGAGAUCGAGUUUGUGAUCGAAGUAGAGCCGGGAACAAAACCAAUUUCGAUUCCUCCUUAUCGAAUGGCACCGGCAGAGCUUCAAGAAUUGAAGGUCCAAUUGCAAGAGCUAUUGGACAACGGCUUCAUUAGACCUAGUCAUUCACCGUGGGGAGCACCGGUACUCUUCGUGAAGAAGAAGGAUGGUACAUUGAGAAUGUGCAUAGACUACCGACAGUUGAACAAGGUCACAAUCAAGAAUAGGUAUCCUUUACCGAGGAUUGAUGACUUGUUCGAUCAACUUCGGGGGGCUAUGGUGUUCUCAAAGAUUGAUUUGAGGUCGGGUUAUCAUCAGUUGAAGAUCAAGGAGAGUGACAUACCCAAGAGUGCAUUCCGCACUAGAUAUGGUCACUAUGAGUUCCUUGUGAUGUCAUUUGGGUUAACCAAUGCACCAGCAGCAUUCAUGGACUUGAUGAACCGAGUGUUUAGUGAAUACUUAGAUCAAUUCGUGAUAGUAUUCAUUGAUGACAUCUUGAUAUACUCCCAGAACGAGGAGGAGCAUGGAUACCACUUGAGACUUGUACUUGAACGACUUAGAGAAAAACAACUCUUUGCCAAGUUCUCCAAAUGUGAAUUUUGGCUUAAAGAGAUUGGCUUUCUCGGGCAUGUCAUAUCCGGUUCGGGCGUUGCUGUGGAUAACGCCAAGAUAAAAGCCAUCAUUGAUUGGGAGAGACCCAAAAAUGUGAAAGAAAUACGUAGUUUCCUUGGCCUAGCGGGAUACUAUCGUAAGUUCGUAGAGAAAUUUUCCGUGUUGGCAUCUCCAUUGACGAAGCUCACAAAGAAGGGGGCUAAGUUUAUAUGGGAUGACAAAUGUGAGAAAGGGUUUCUUGAACUGAAGAAACGACUCACCGAGGCACCAGUUCUUACUCUACCCAAGCAGGGGAUAGGGUACGAUAUCUAUAGCGAUGCUAGCAUCCAAGGACUUGGGUGUGUGUUGAUGCAAAGGGGUAAGGUGAUUGCCUACGCUUCAAGGCAAUUGAGGAAACAUGAAGUGAACUACCCUACUCACGAUCUAGAGUUGGGGGCGGUGGUGUUUGCACUGAAAAUUUGGAGGCAUUAUCUCUACGGGGAGACAUGUCACAUUUAUACCGAUCAUAAGAGCUUGAAAUAUGUAUUCACUCAGAAAGAGUUGAAUAUGAGACAGAGGAGAUGGAUGGAGUUGAUCAAGGACUACGACUUGAUCAUCGAGUACCAUCCCGGAAAGGCCAAUGUAGUGGCCGAUGCACUGAGCAGGAAGAGUACGUCAGGGACGUUACUCACAUGUCUACAGGCAUUGAGGGCACGCGUAGAGGUGUCCGCGUGUGGGACCCUCAUUGCUAGAUUCGAGGUUAGGCCUACGUUGCUGAGUGAGAUCAGUAGAUGUCAGGCCGUUGAUGAGGAAUGUCAGAAGAUCCGUGAACGGAUCCUUGAGGGACCCGUUGAGAACUUUCGUAUACGUGAUGAUGGCCUGUUGUUAUUUAAGGAUCGUGUUUGCAUACCAAAGGAUGAAGAGCUCCAAAGGUCCAUACUAGAGGAGGCUCAUUCUUCGGCCUAUGCCAUGCAUCCAGGGGGUACUAAGAUGUACCGGGACUUGAAAGAAAGUUAUUGGUGGUCAGGUAUGAAGAGGGACAUCGCAGAAUACGUGAGCCGAUGCCUUACUUGCCAACAAGUUAAGGCGGAGCAUCAGCACCCAGCGGGGCUUUUGCAACCACUUACCAUUCCAGAAUGGAAGUGGGAGCAUGUGACCAUGGACUUCGUGGUAGGGCUACCCCGGACAGUGAACAACUACGACGCAGUUUGGGUAGUGGUUGAUAGGCUCACCAAGAGCGCACACUUCUUACCUAUCAACAUUACUUACCCUCUUGAAAGGUUGGCCAAGUUAUACGUGGAAGAGGUUGUGAGAUUGCAUGGAGUCCCGAUAUCCAUUGUCUCGGAUAGGGAUCCACGAUUCACAUCCAGGUUUUGGCCAAAGUUUCAAGCAUCAUUGGGUACUAAACUGAAGUUUAGCACAGCCUUUCACCCACAGACAGAUGGACAAUCUGAGCGGGUGAUACAGAUUUUGGAAGACAUGCUUAGGGCAUGUGCCUUGGAGUUCCAAGGGAGUUGGGACAAACACCUGGCUUUAGUGGAGUUUGCCUAUAACAACAGUUAUCAGGCGAGUAUUGGCAUGCCUCCGUACGAGGCACUGUACGGGAGGAAGUGUAGGACACCAUUGUGUUGGGACGAGGUUGGUGAGGCCAAGCUCGAGGGAAUAGAACUUGUUGAGAUCACCAAGGCUAAGGUAAAAAUCAUUCGUGACAGACUUAAGGCUGCCCAAGAUCGGCAGAAGAGCUAUGCAGACAAACGGCGAAGGCCGUUAGAGUUUGAGGUCGGGGAUGAAGUUUUUCUAAGAAUUUCUCCUUGGAAAGGUAUCAUCCGAUUCGUAUCAAGGGGUAAGCUUAACCCCCGAUACAUUGGUCCGUUUGAAAUCCUGGAGAGGAUUGGGGUCGUAGCGUAUCGUCUCAAGUUGACACCGGAACUUGAGAAGAUUCAUGAUGUGUUUCAUGUAUCGAUGCUCAAGAAGUAUGUGCGGGACCCGUCGCAUAUUCUUGAGAAGCCACCGGUGGAGAUCCAAGAGGACUUGCAAUACGCAGUAGAACCGGUAAAGAUAGUGGGCCAUCAGGUAAAGAAGCUUAGGAACAAGGAGAUUCCUAUGGUGAAGGUGCUUUGGAGGAGUGAUCGAGUCGAAGAAGAAACCUGGGAGACCGAGGUCUCAAUGAGGGAGCAAUACCCGUUUCUUUUCGAUUAGACACGUUGAUUUCGGGGACGAAAUCCCAAAUAAGGGGGGGUGAACUUGUAACACCGUCCCCAAAUAUAUUUACCUUUAUGUAAAUUAUGUAUUGAACAUGGCGUGUCUAGUAAUGAAUUUACGAGUUUGUAAAUUUUUGUUAUUUCUUUUGCGUGAAGAGUAAAUUCCACGCGGGGCCCACACUCGGAGCGGGGGUAACCCGAUAACACGAGACCACAUGUUAUAUUCAUCUUGGUCUAGAUAAUAGUUACAUGGAGGUGGAAAUUCAUAAUGGGUCAUAAGAAAGGCAUUGGGUUGACCGGUUUGUCAAACAGGGCCCAAUUACCAGUACCGACAAUUUCUUCAGAUAACAGUCCGAAAUGAAUUUCGGAGACUUUAAAAUUAAAGUUGGGGAAUGUACAUUCAUUCUUAAGAUCCAUAAUUUCUAUGGGCAUGUAAUAUAUUUUAUUUGACCCGAUAAAAUAAAAUAUACUUAAAACAGUCCGAAAGAUACAACUUUCGGGGCCGAUUGUACAGUUCUGGACAUAUUGGGAUGACCUCCCACACAAGUGGGGGCCACCCCACGAAUUUGUGUGGGCUAUGAUAGGGGAGAGGACGGAUGAAUGGGAUGGGAGGGUGUAGGCAAUGUUGACUUGAAGAGAAUGGCAUCAAAAGGACAUUGGAAGGGUCCAUGCCAUGCUAUCAUUGUGUAAUAAGCCAAAAAGAGGGUGUUGCCUCUCACCUCCAUCAUUCAUUCGACCCAAGGCAUCCAAGAGGAGUAAAAGAGAUCUGCAACUCCAUUCUUUCACAGCUAAUUUCGAGCUCAAGUCCAAGGCAUCCAAAGAGGGAGUUUAAAGAAGGGAAAAGGGGAAGAAAAGGUGUGGGGAUUAAGGCACUUGUAAAGGGUGAUUUAAGAACUUUCACGAAGUUGAAAGAGUCGCCGGAGUUGUCACCGGAGUUCAUCAAAGUUCGCCGGAGUUCCAUCGGAGUUCAACCGGGAAGGGUAGAACUUCACAACGCUCAUUCGAGGUUGAAGCUCAAGUUGCUAUUCUCACCUUGCUCGGUGAAGUGAUCCAAAGGGAGACGUGGUUCGUGCUUCCUUUAAUGUUUUAAACUACAAACUUGCUCAUGGAUAUUUUUGUAAUAAAUACAUUUGUUUUGGGCCUGCGUGCCUACGUUUUGGCCAUGUGUGGCCCAUGAUUGAAUAUUGAAUAUUUCCGCUAUUCGUUCAAUCGUAUUGUGUGAUGUUGUUAUGUA